CUAUUGACUUUGUCAUGAGUGAGGCAAAGGUGAAUAGUGGCGCAGGGGCUAGAAGGUAACCGUAGGGACACUCUCGAUUAGUUACGUGCUGGAAUAAGAUCUGAACAUCCGUGUUAUAGGAGGCACGUUUCGGUAGACUUUGCUUUGAAACGUGCUACCUGAGCAUCAGUUAAAAAGUUCGGCAGUUAAUCUCACUAGCCGAUCUCAUACAUUUCAAGUGUGCAAAACUGGAGGAUCUGAAGCAGGAUGUACCAUGAAGAAGGCACGAACAUGCAGAGACCACGUUAUGGAUCCAUUGUGGAUGAUGAGAGGCUCUCAGCGGAGGAGAUGGACGAGAGGCGACGGCAGAACAUUGCAUACGAGUACUUGUGUCACCUAGAGGAGGCCAAGCAGUGGAUGGAGGCCUGCGUGGAAGAGGAGCUGCCCCCCACCACGGAGCUGGAGGAAGGGUUGCGCAAUGGCGUCUAUCUCAGCAAGCUGGCCAAGUUCUUUGCCCCCAAGAAUGUAUCUGAAAAGAAGAUCUAUGACAGGGACCAGUCGCGUUACAAGCGCUCCGGCCUUCACUUCCGGCACACGGACAACACAGUGCAGUGGUUGAACGCCAUGGAAACAGUGGGGCUACCCAAGAUAUUCUAUCCUGAAACAACAGAUGUGUAUGACCGGAAAAACAUGCCUAAGGUGAUAUACUGUAUACAUGCUUUAAGUUUAUAUCUUCACAAACUGGGAAUCGCUCCGCAGAUCCAAAACCUUUUAGGCAAAGUAGACUUCACAGAGGAGGAGAUUAGCAACAUGCGCAGGGAGCUGGAGAAGUACGGCCUCCACAUGCCAGCCUUCAACAAGAUCGGCGGGAUUCUGGCCAAUGAGCUUUCUGUGGACGAAGCUGCAUGGCACGCCGCCGUCAUCGCCAUCAACGAGGCCAUAGACAGGGGCCAGGCUGAGGCCACGUUCAAGGCUCUGGCUAACCCCAACGCCAGGCUGCUGCAGACGCAGGAUGCCUUGUGUCAGGAGUACCAGGACAUACUGGGCCAGGCCAAGAGAAGCAAGGAGAACCAGUCCUCAGGAACGAGGAAUUCUUUGGCAACUGAGGAGAGAGAUGUUUAUGAAGAAUUACUGACGCAUUCGGAGAUCCAGAGCAACGUUAACUUAGUGAACACUCAGGUUGCAGUGCGAAAAGUUAAUGAGGCCAUUGCUGCCAGGGACGAGGCGGCCAUACUAGCCAGUCUCAGGGCACCAGGACUGGGCCUUCUGGGAGUAGUGGAUGCCAACUCCAACUGUUAUCUGAAGCACUUUAUCUCCUUCAGGGAUCACAAGGUCCAGGACUCUGGCAGGCCGAUACAGCUGACGAGGGAGGAGAUCCAGCAGGUGGUGAGCUCCUGUAAUGACGCUGCGGAGGCUGAGAAACAAAAACAAAUAGCUGUCGACGCCAUCAAUGCUGCGAUCCGGCGGGGAAGUUCUGCCGAAACCAUGGAGGAGCUGCAGAAGCCCGAGGCCCAGAUGCCUGCCGUGUACCCGUCUGCCGCCAGCCUGUACCAGUCUGAGCUCUUCACCCUGCAGAGGCAGAACCCACAGGUAAACCUGGGAUAUGACGAGUUGUCUGUCGCUGUGGAGAUGCUGUCAGCGGUGGCCGUGCUGAACGAGGUCCUUGACACCAAGGACCAGCAGGCCGUGAUCGAGCAGCUAAGCGACUUGCCUCUGGGCUUCAGCAAGCUGGACCACGACAACCUUCAGAGGUACUCGGACCACUUGAUCACCAUGAAGUCUGAUGCCGCAGCGAAGGGGCAGGAAUUUCUCACCUGGAAUGACAUGCAGGGCGGCAUCGAUAUGGUCAACAUGCAGGUUGAGGACGAGCACAAGCGAAUCAUUGCAAUAACUCAGAUCAAUGAAGCCCUGGAUGCUGGAGAUCCAGAACAGACUCUGUCUGCACUACUGUUACCCACUGCUAAGCUGCAUGGGGUCAAUCCUUCCCUUGCCAAACACUAUCAUGAUGUUCUUCAGCAUGCCAAAAAACAAAUAUGCAAGAGUUCCGGAGAUGAGUCAGCCGUCCUGUGGCUGGACCAGAUCCAGGAUGGAAUCGUGACUGCGAACAAGGAUGAGGAGGAGGCCUUGAGAUUGGCGAAGGCAGUCGCGGUCAUCAACCGGGAGGCAUCCGAAGGCGACGCCCAGGGCUGCCUACAAGCUCUUCAGUGUCCCAGCGCGGGCCUGAGGGGGGUGCUGGUGGAGUGUGCAGACACAUACCACUCCAACCUUGCCCAGAGGCAGGCACUCAACACUACAGAAGGCCCCAGCAGCAGUACAUGGGUGAAACACAGGAUCAGGGACACGUAUGACUACUUCUACAACCUGUCUAGUGAGCAGGGGACGUGGGAGGGACCUGAGGGCUUUGUGCAUGAUGGCAGUCAGAUGACGCGGGAGGAGAUCCAGGAUAUUGUGGGAAGCGUGACUGCGGAGUACAACCGUGAGCAGCUGUGGCUAGCCCAUGAGCCGUUGAUCGUGCAGCUACAGGCGCGGGUUCGAGGGUACCAGGUAAAGAAGGCUUACACUGAGAGGAUGGAAUACCUGAACCAGCAGGAAGCUAGUGUGAUCCAGCUGCAGGCUUCCUGGAAGGGAUACAAACAGCGGAAGUCGUACAAGGACAGACUGCGGGUCCUUCAGGAUAAUGCAGCUGCUAUUGUGAAGAUUCAGUCAUGGGUGAAGAUGUGGAAGGCUAGAAGUAAAUAUUCCCAGAGGCUAAAGUAUUUCAAAGAUCAUGAGAAGGAAAUAGUGAAGAUUCAAGCUUUUCUGAAGGCCAAUAAAGCACGAGAUAAUUACCAGACACUGACGGGAGCAGAGAACCCCCCCCUGUCUGUUGUGCGUAAGUUUGUUCACCUGCUGGAGCAGAGCCCCCUGGACCUGCAGGAGGAGGUGGACAUGACACAGCUGAGGGAGGAGGUAGUCACCAAGAUCCGCUCCAACCAGCAAAUGGAGAAGGACCUUAACCUGAUGGACAUCAAGAUCGGUCUGCUGGUGAAGAACAGGAUCACGCUGCAGGAUGUUGUGUCGCACAACAAAAAGCUGACUAAUAAGAAAAACAAGCUGGGCAAAGAUGAACUGACCACGGGAGGCAAGCAGGGCAUCAAGGGCCUGAGCAAAGACAAGCGGAAGAAGCUAGAAGCCUAUCAGCACCUCUUCUACCUCCUUCAGACAAACCCUUCAUACCUGGCUAAGCUGAUCUUCCAGAUGCCCCAGAACAAGUCCACCAAGUUCAUGGACACGGUCAUCUUCACGCUGUAUAACUAUGCAUCAAACCAGCGGGAGGAAUAUCUUCUGCUGAAGCUCUUCAAGACUGCACUUGAGGAGGAAAUCAAGUCGAAGGUCGACCAGUUACAGGACAUAGUGACUGGAAACCCCACUGUCAUCAAGAUGGUGGUGAGCUUCAACCGCGGCGCUCGUGGGCAGAACGCCCUGCGGCAGCUGCUGGCUCCAGUGGUGAAGGAGAUCAUAGAAGACAAAUCGCUGGGAAUCAACACCAAUCCUGUGGACAUCUAUAAGGCCUGGGUCAACCAACUGGAAACAGCCACUGGAGAAGCCAGUAAACUCCCGUAUGAGGUCACCCCAGACCAGGCAUUGACGCAUGAGGAGGUGAGGACUAAGCUGGAGGCGUCCAAUCAGAGCCUGCGCAUGGCCACUGACAAAGUGCUCAGCUCCAUUGUGUCCUCACUGGAUAACAUCCCUUACGGCAUGAGAUACAUGGCCAAGGUUCUGCGGAGCUCACUGCAUGAAAAGUUCCCAGACGCUACUGAAGAUGAGCUUCUGAAGAUCGUGGGGAACCUGCUGUACUACCGCUAUAUGAACCCAGCCAUCGUGGCUCCGGAUGGGUUCGACAUCAUCGACAUGACGGCGGGGGGGCAGCUGCACUCGGACCAGCGCAGGAACUUGGGCUCCGUGGCCAAAAUGCUGCAGCACGCUGCUGCCAACAAACUGUUUGAGGGAGAGAACAUGCACAUGACCUCCAUGAACACCUACAUCUCUCAGACAUACCAGAAGUUCAGGGCUUUCUUCCAGGCAGCGUGUGAUGUGCCUGAGCCUGAGGAGAAGUUCAAUGUGGAUGAAUACUCUGAUAUGGUAACUCUGAGCAAGCCUGUCAUCUACAUCUCCAUAGAAGAGGUCAUCAACACUCACUCGUUGGUUUUGCAGCACCAAGAUGCCAUUUCUCCAGAUCGCAACGACGUGCUGCACGAGCUGCUGGAGGACCUGGGAGAUGUCCCAGAUGUUGAAUCUCUUCUGGGAGAAGGAACCAUGGACCCCAAUGACCCUAACAAGGAAAUCAUCCUCAGUCAGCUGGCCAAGACGGAAAUCUCCCUAACCCUGACCAGCAAGUUCGAGUUGCUGGACGGAGAUGAUCAGGAUAUAAAGGGUCUGAUGAUGAAGACUAAGAAGCUGAUUGUGGAUGUAGUGCGGAUUCAACCAGGAGACACGCUGGUGGAGAUGUUGGAAACUCCAGCCUCAUCGCUUCAGGAGUCUGAGCAUGCAAAGGUGAUCGAGAAGCGUGCGGUUCAGGAUGCCCAGGUGCCAGAUGGGAUGAAAAGCAGUCCAUCUAUGCUGGAAGAUAGGCAGCUCCCUCUGGAGCAGAAGAAGAGGAAGAUUUUGAGGAAUUUGCGCUCUUUGGAGCAAGCCGGCCUUGUGUCUUCUGAGAAUAAGUACCAGGAAAUAAUCAACGAUAUAUCUAAGGACAUCCGGUUCCAAAGACGGUACAGGCAGCGGAGGAAAGCCGAGCUGAUAAAGCUCCAGCAGACUCUCAGUGCGCUAAACUCCAAGACUGUUUUUUACCAGGACCAGAUCAACUACUACGACACGUACAUUAAGACCUGCCUCGACAAUUUGAACCGGAAGAAUUCCAGGAGGUCCAUCAAAUCGGACAGAAAAGGGGAGGAGAGAAGCAGCCGGAAAUCAAAACAGCAGUCGCUCAAAUACACUGCAGCCAGGCUGCAUGAGAAGGGAGUCAUCCUCGAGAUCGAGGGACUGCAGACAAAUCAGUUUAAAAACGUAAUGUUUGACAUCUCACCUAGCGAGGAAGUAGGAGAAUUUGAAAUAAAAGCCAAGUUCAUGGGAGUGGAAAUGGAAAAGGUGCAGGUCCAUAUUCAGGACCUUCUGCAGCUGCAGUACGAUGGGGUGGCUGUCAUGAAAAUGUUCGACAAGGCCAAAGUGAAUGUCAAUCUGCUCAUUUUCCUGCUCAACAAGAAGUUCUAUGGAAAGUGAUGCAUUUUAUCGGACGCGGAAUACAGUUCCUGUUCCAUCCUGGAUUUUUAUGCUCCCCCAUUUUGGCUUUUGGGUGCUUCAGUUUCCAAAUGCUGGCAAACUGAAUGGAGUGUUUAAAAUGGAUGGUGUCUUCUGUUGAUUUCAGAAAGAGAACCCUGCUUUUCAGAAUUAAGACUAUGGUAGUUAUUUUAAUGAACCAGAAUGUUGUGUGUUUGAUCAAUGUCAACAGUAGUUUGGACAUUAGAAUGAAAAUCUAAAUUUUAAUACAUAAAAAUUGUAUACCAUUAAGUAAGUGCUUUGAUUAUAAAUGUUAAAAUUUCUGAUUUAUCACAGGGUGAUUGUAUAUUAAAUAUUUUGAAAUUAUACAAAUGUUUUAUAUUUAGAUGCUAUGUUACCAAAUGCUUUGUUACCACUUCUGUUAAAGAAAGGAACUGUUAAAUGCACUACUGCCUCAUUAUACUGGAAGUGAUACGAUAUACCAUUACUUUGGGACAGUUCGGGCUGUUGGGUAAUGUACACUGCUAACUUGUGCCUUUUAACAUUUAACCUUUGAGCACUGGGAAGCUUUUGCUUCUUUUUUAAAAAAAUAGUGCGUAUUUCUAUGUUGUGUUUUUGUUUUACAAAUAUACAGUGAGUUUGUAAUUUAAAGUAAUUUCAAAGUUUAAAACUGGAUUAAUAAAUACGGAACAUUAUUGUA